CCUGCAGGAGAAGGCACUUAAGUUCAUGAACUCCUCUGAGAGAGAAGACUGUAAUAAUGAUGAGCCCCCUAGGAAGAUCAUUCCUGAGAAGAAUUCACUUAGACAGACCUACAACAGCUGUGCCAGACUGUGCUUAAACCAGGAAACAGUAUGUCUAGGAAGCACUGCUAUGAAGACUGAAAACUGUGUGGCCAAAACAAAACUUGCCAAUGGCACUUCCAGUAUGAUUGUGCCCAAGCAAAGAAAACUGUCUGCGAGCUAUGAGAAGGAGAAGGAACUCUGCGUCAAGUAUUUUGAGCAGUGGUCUGAGUCUGACCAGGUGGAGUUUGUGGAGCACCUCAUCUCCCAGAUGUGUCACUACCAGCACGGGCAUAUAAAUUCAUACCUCAAGCCCAUGCUACAGCGGGACUUCAUCACUGCACUGCCAGCUCGGGGAUUGGAUCAUAUUGCUGAGAACAUUCUGUCAUACCUGGAUGCCAAAUCGUUGUGUGCUGCUGAGCUGGUGUGCAAGGAGUGGUACCGGGUGACGUCAGAUGGCAUGCUGUGGAAGAAGCUCAUCGAGAGAAUGGUCAGGACAGACUCCCUGUGGAGGGGAUUGUCAGAGAGGAGAGGAUGGGGACAAUAUCUAUUUAAAAAUAAACCUCCUGAUGGGACUGCACCACCCAAUUCCUUCUACAGAGCACUUUACCCCAAAAUUAUACAGGACAUAGAGACAAUAGAAUCAAACUGGCGGUGUGGAAGGCACAGUUUACAGAGGAUCCACUGCCGAAGUGAGACAAGCAAAGGGGUUUAUUGUUUACAGUAUGAUGAUCAGAAGAUUGUAAGUGGCCUACGAGACAAUACUAUUAAGAUCUGGGAUAAGAAUACAUUAGAAUGCAAGCGGAUCCUCACCGGACACACGGGUUCCGUCCUGUGCCUCCAGUACGACGAGCGUGUCAUCAUUACUGGCUCCUCGGACUCAACAGUCAGGGUGUGGGACGUGAACGCGGGCGAGAUGCUGAAUACUCUGAUUCACCACUGCGAAGCUGUGCUGCACCUCCGCUUCAAUAACGGCAUGAUGGUGACCUGCUCCAAAGACCGUUCCAUUGCUGUGUGGGACAUGGCUUCACCCACAGACAUCACCCUCAGAAGGGUGCUAGUAGGGCACCGAGCUGCCGUCAACGUAGUGGACUUUGAUGACAAGUACAUUGUAUCAGCGUCAGGUGACAGGACUAUAAAGGUGUGGAACACUAGUACCUGCGAAUUUGUGCGCACCUUAAACGGCCACAAACGAGGCAUUGCAUGUCUGCAGUACAGAGACAGGCUAGUAGUGAGCGGCUCUUCAGAUAAUACCAUCAGGCUGUGGGAUAUUGAGUGUGGGGCAUGUUUACGAGUGCUGGAAGGCCAUGAAGAGUUGGUGAGAUGCAUACGCUUUGAUAAUAAGAGGAUAGUCAGUGGGGCAUAUGAUGGGAAAAUUAAAGUAUGGGAUCUUGUGGCUGCUUUGGACCCCCGUGCUCCAGCAGGGACCCUUUGCUUGCGAACCCUUGUGGAGCAUUCUGGAAGAGUCUUUCGGCUUCAGUUUGAUGAGUUCCAGAUCGUCAGCAGCUCACACGAUGACACCAUCCUCAUCUGGGAUUUUCUGAAUGACCCAGCUGCCCAAGCAGAAUCCACUCGUUCCCCGUCCAGAACAUACACCUACAUCUCAAGAUAA